GACAUGGGGUUGGGCAUCCCAGAAGCCCUGUGGGGCUAGCGAAGGAGAUGUUAGGGUGUGAGCUCAGAGAAGGUGAGAGGGUUGGAGGGUGUGAGCUAUGUCUGGGGCAGUGGCAGCCAUGAUGGGCCGUUGAGGAGGGAGCCAGGGACACAUAUCUUGCGUUGUCUCAACCUUCUCCUUCCCCUGUCUCUGGAACUCCCAUAGAAUCAGCAGCCAUAUAGUUAGUGUGGCAUCUGUGUUGUGCUGGGCAUGUCAUGGUUAGUCUUUACUCCUACCCACAGAGGUGGGCAUUUGUGGGCCCAGUUCACAGUGUAGCAGUGCACCAGACCCACUCCAACAUUGACCCCAACCCACCAAUGCUGCUACCAUUUCCUCUCUUUGAGAGGGUCUGCACUCUGGGUGGCUCUGCCAUCCUGUCUACCCCAGUGCCCUGAGCUAUCCCCAAGAGCCGUGGCAGGAAGAUACCCAGAUGCCACUUAGUUAGGCUGUGGCUCGACAGCCACCCCAGAGACCAUCAUAGUGGUUUCUGAGGCUCGGGGUUCAAGGGUAGAUGCAGGGAAUGACAGCUUGGCCUGGGAUCCUGUCUCCGUAGCAGCAGCUAAGGCUUCCGGGAUGUUGAACUGUGGAGAAGCUCUUCCCCAGCAGCCUCAGCAGAGAGUGCAAAGGACUCAGACCUCAGACUGGGCUCCAGUCUGGGUGUCACCUUGCAUGACUGUGUGAGACCAUUAGCCACUCUGAGCCUCGGUUUCUUUAUUUGCUCACGGGAGGGCUGGUUCUCCUCUCCACUGAACACCUACUGAGGACUGGUGUCGACUGGGCUGGUGGGGGCCUUCCUUGGGGAACUGAAUCUAAGGAUUCUGCUAGGAAUGGAGAAGGACAAAGCCCAGGGGCCGCAGGGACUUGUAAGGGACCCCCCAACCAGAUGAGGAGAGCAGGCUCCAGCUCCCAGAGGGCCACAGGGGCGCUGGGCUGUGGGUGUGCUGGAAUUUCCCCCAUCAGCAUCAGCCAGGAGCCAGGAAAGCUCUGUGUUCUAGCUGUUCUCCCUCUGCCGGGAGGAGGAGAGAUGUGAUAGGUCGGUAAAGCUUGGAGGCCGACCACUCAGGAUGCUGCGGGAGUGGAGCCCAGCAGGACCAGUGGUGUUGGUGGGCAGGAAGAUCCCUCAGGUGGGGAGCUGUAGAGAAGUCAGACAGGGUGUGUGGGGGCGGGGAAGAGUGUUUGUCCUUUUAGAUGUUAGGGAGGAGACAGGCAGUGGGGACGGGCUGUUGGGGAGGCCAGGAAGGUGAUGGUGGGCACCACAGGGCAUCUAUUAGGAACCGCAGAGAGGACCAAGAUGUACUCUGGGGGCAGGAGGCAGGCUUGGGAGGAGCAGCAAGCUGGGGGUGGUACCCCAGGGAAGCCUCUGAGGACAGGGACGCUGGGGAAAAGCCAGCCACGCAGUUCCUCAGACUGGGAUGGCUGAGCUCCCCUCUGCCUGCCGUGUUUUCAGAGAGGGAGGCAUAAUGGAUGUCAAGUCACGGGUGGCAAGAGGCCCCUGAGGAUCAGUGAAGGCAGACCGUCAGCUCAGCCCUAGAAAGGGGAGGCUGCAGAGGGAGGAAGGUGUUUGGAAUGGAGUAGAGCAUUUGCAUGCGUAACAGGGCUGGGGCGAGGGAGAGAGGAAGUGGUAGAGAGAUGAAAGGAAAUUACCAUACAUCAGGAUCUUGUUAUUCAACCUAAUUUUCAAAGGGGCACAGCUGUCGCGCUGAGAUAAUCCGUUAAUUAUAACAGCCAUUGUGUUUUGGCAAUGGGAGAGAAACCGAGGCUGGGUUAUAGGCUUGAAGGCUGGGGUAGGAAAGAGCCUUUGAGGGACCAGGACCUCAGAGAGGGGCCAGGGAGAGAGGCAGAGUGGGGUGCUGGGCUCUCAGGACCAGAGGAAAGAGCAGGACAGGGACCAGGCCGCAGGCUCUGCACAGCCACUGUCAGCGUGGAGGUGAUGAGGCCUGCCGCUCGCCAGUUGGCAUUAUUGCUCCCGGAGCCAGCCUCCAGAACCUUCUGGAAUAGUUAACUUUAUUGAGCAGUUACUAUGUGCCAUACCCUGCUCCCUCUAAGCUGUCCCCUAUAGUGAGAGCCUUUCCUGACCCCUUUUAUUUCAGAAGAGGAAACCCCAGGAAGAUAGUUUACCAGAACUACCAAGUGAGGUAGCUUGGCAGACCCCUAUGUGAUCAGAAAGAAUGGCCCUGACCAUCCAGGGUAGCCUGAGAGAGCGACAGGACCCACUGAGUGGAUAGUUUAAGGCAUGUCAUCACCGUGGUCACGGGUGGCCCUCCCCCAGUGGUGUUUCCAGGGCCCUGGGUACUGACAGAGCCUCCUUGUUCUCUGGGCUGCAGCUGCAGGCCCCCUGCGGCCUCCAUGGCAGCCUUCAGGCUGGCCCCCAACUCCCAGAUCAACUACCUUCAGGGCUAGGAGAGGGCGUUCCACACCAUCUCAGGUGGCACCCCUGAUGGCCUUUGCCACUACCUGCCUGGAAGUAGGAAGGAGACAGACAGCUGGGAGGAAUUCUUAGCCCCAGCCUUGGGUGGCGCUAAGAGUCCAGAGGCACCUGGAUGCUGGGGUCUGGGAGAGGCAGGUGGGAGGCAGUGAGUUGUGGGAGGGAACCCUGGCUGUCUAGGAUCCCCCAGCCAUUUGGUCCAAACUUGGCUCAGGAGUCAGACUUAGGCCCGAUGUCUGUGCAGCUCUGAGCAGGAACUCAACAGAGGCCAGCUGGGAGAGUAGGAAGCUGGUUCUGAAAGUUCAGCUGGAACCCCCCCACCCCCGUCUGACCCAGAAACCCAGGUAGCACUGUGGAGGGCAGGUGAGAAGCAGAGGUCCUCAGAGGAGGGCAGCCGGUGUGGGGCGCUCUGUGAAGAGCUCCCUGCUAAAAGCCAAGGGGAGGAGCCAGGAGUACACAGGACAGUUUAAAGUCCUGGAGAGUGGAUGACUCCCAGCCCAGCCCAGAUUCAGUAGACUGGUAGGACCAAAGAGCCACAUAUAUAUAUUCUGGAACCCUAGACUCAUCAUCGGAGACUCCCCAAAUGAUACAUACCCCACGCUGCUGAUGUCUUAGAGUUCUGAGACCCAGAACCACUGUGGGGCGGAGUGGUAUCUGGUGGGGAGGGAGGUAAAGGUCCUACUGUGUGAGCUAGGAGCAGCCUGCUGGUGGGUUCCCAUGCAAGCUGGUGUUUCUGCCCCAACUUCGAGAGUCCCUGACUUGUUUGCCUCAUCAUCAACAGUGCCCAGGGAUCAGGGCACCGGUCAGGAAGGACCGUGCCUCCUGUUCUUUCCUAUAGCAGGCAGAACCAUGGUUUACCUGGUUGUCCAUGGAUGCUAUUGGAUUCCAGAAACAGGGAUGCUUUAAAGAGGAACGCUCCCAAGCUUUCCACAUUGCUAGCCAGCUAAAAACAAAAUUUAAUUACUGUCCAGAUGAAGCAGGGUCCCUUGGCGUUGCAUGAGUCAGAGCCUGAGACCAAGGAGGAGGCAGCCACUGCAUAGCAGCUGGAGAACUGGUCCCCUCCUCUGCAUAGCGGGGCUCAGGACAGCACAGGCUCACAGGCCUGCUUCCUGGGAUGAGUGACCGUCCCAGAAAGCUUCCAGGCCCAGGUGAUACCUUUUCUGCCUAUGUAUUCCCCCGACAGGCCAGGAUGCCCCAGUGGGCUACACGCUCCAACCUGGAGCCUUCGCUUCUCCCCAGAGGUCCCCUGACAUACUGCCCUGCCUUGGAACGACCCUAAGGAUAUUGGAAAGCAGGAAAAUGCCCACCCUUGGGACCCUGGAGGAGGAGCAGACUGCAGGUAGAACCGAGAGGGUGGGCCUAGCCGGUGCCUGGUACAUAGUAGGUGUUCCAUAAAUGUUUAUUGAAUGAAUGAAUGGAGGCCAUGCAGGCAGAGGCAGCGUGCGCGCGCAGGCACUGUGCAAGAGCGGGUCCAGUGGAGACCGGAACAGAUGGGCUUCUUUCUGUCUCCAUCUUGCUCAGCAUCCCUCUGUGUUGCACUCCUGGUUCCUGUGGGAACUGCUUGAAGGUCUGAGCCUGGAACCCAAGAGGAAGGGGAAGGAAGAGGAGGAGGAGGAAGAAGAAGACUGCAAAACCUGAAAACCUGCCUACCUUUCCAGCCGGAACCUGGAGUCCCAACAACGCCCACUGCCUGCUCGGAGCCCCUCAGAGCAGCAGGUGCCAGCAGCUGUGUCCGACCUGCCCGAGGCCCCUGUGCUGGGGAUCACCCCCAAGAUGGUGGUGGCUCUGGGGAGGACUGUGCUCCCGACCCCAGCUUCUGGCUGCUAGGUCCCUCUGUGCUCCGGCCCUUCACCCCAGCUGGGCCUCUAAAGGGCCCGACGCCUGGGCCAUGCUGCGUCUGGGGCUGUGUGCGGCAGCGCUGCUGUGUGUGUGCCAGCCAGGGGCUGUGCACGCUGACUGCUGGCUCAUCGAGGGGGACAAGGGCUAUGUGUGGCUGGCCAUCUGCAGCCAGAACCAGCCACCAUAUGAGACCAUCCCUCAGCAUAUCAACAGCACCGUGCAUGACCUGCGGCUCAAUGAAAACAAACUCAAGGCUGUGCUCUACUCUUCGCUCAACCGCUUCGGGAACCUCACGGACCUCAACCUCACCAAGAACGAGAUUUCCUAUAUCGAGGAUGGUGCCUUCUUGGGCCAGACGAGCCUGCAGGUCCUGCAGCUGGGCUACAACCGGCUCAGCAACCUGACUGAGGGCAUGCUGCGUGGCAUGAGCCGCCUGCAGUUCCUCUUUGUCCAGCACAACCUCAUUGAGGUGGUGACGCCCACCGCCUUCUCCGAGUGCCCCAGCCUCAUCAGCAUCGACCUGUCCUCCAACCGCCUCAGCCGUCUAGAUGGCGCCACCUUCGCCAGCCUGGGCAGCUUGAUGGUAUGCGAGUUGGCUGGCAACCCCUUCAACUGUGAGUGUGACCUCUUCGGCUUCCUGGCUUGGCUUGUGGUCUUCAACAAUGUCACCAAGAACUAUGACCGCCUGCAGUGUGAGUCACCAAGGGAGUUUGCUGGUUACCCACUGCUUGUGCCCCGACCUUACCACAGCCUCAAUGCCAUCACUGUCCUGCAGGCCAAGUGUCGCAAUGGCUCCAUGCCUGCCCGGCCUGUGAGUCACCCCACACCCUAUUCCACGGAUGCGCAGAGGGAGCCUGACGAGAACUCAGGCUUCAAUCCCGAUGAGAUCCUCUCAGUGGAGCCGCCGGCCUCGUCCACCACGGAUGCAUCUGCUGGGCCGGCCAUCAAGCUGCACCAAGUCACCUUCACCUCUGCUACCCUGGUUGUCAUCAUCCCCCAUCCUUACAGCAAGAUGUACGUUCUGGUCCAGUACAACAACAGCUACUUCUCCGACGUCAUGACACUCAAGAACAAGAAAGAGAUUGUGACGCUGGACAAGCUGCGAGCGCACACUGAGUACACCUUCUGUGUCACCUCACUGCGCAACAGCCGCCGCUUCAACCACACCUGUCUGACCUUCACCACUCGGGACCUUGUGCCUGGGGAUCUGGCCCCCAGCACCUCCACCACCACGCACUACAUCAUGACCAUCCUGGGCUGCCUCUUCGGCAUGGUCAUCGUACUGGGAGCUGUCUAUUACUGCCUGCGCAAGCGGCGCAUGCAAGAGGAGAAGCAGAAGUCGGUCAAUGUCAAGAAAACCAUCUUAGAGAUGCGCUAUGGCGCCGAUGUAGAUGCUGGUUCCAUAGUGCACGCUGCGCAAAAGUUGGGUGAGCCACCGGUACUGCCUGUGGCCAGAAUGUCCUCUAUUCCCUCCAUGAUUGGGGAGAAACUGCCUGCCUCCAAGGGUCUGGAGGCCGGGCUAGACACACCCAAGGUGGCUACCAAAGGCAACUAUAUUGAGGUGCGCACAGGUGCUGCGGGGGACAGCCUGGCCCGGCCUGAGGAAGAGCUCCCAGAAAUAGAAAAUGGCCAGGGCUCAGCUGCUGAGAUCUCUACCAUUGCCAAGGAAGUAGACAAGGUUAACCAGAUCAUUAACAAUUGCAUCGAUGCUCUCAAGCUGGAUUCAGCCUCUUUCCUUGGGGGUGGCGGCAGCGGUGGUGGCGGGGACUCUGAUCUGGCCUUCGAGUGCCAGUCCCUCCCUGCAGCUCCUGCUGCCCCCUCAGCUGCCACUCCUGGGGCACUGGAGCGGCCUAGCUUCCUGUCACCCCCCUACAAGGAGAGCUCCCACCAUCCUCUGCAGCGCCAGCUGAGUGCCGACGCUGCGGUGACCCGCAAGACCUGCAGCGUGUCAUCCAGUGGCUCCAUCAAGAGUGCCAAGGUCUUCAGUCUGGAUGUGCCAGACCACCCAACCCCCACGGGACUGGCCAAGAGCGACUCCAAGUACAUCGAGAAAGGCAGUCCCCUCAACAGCCCUCUGGACCGGCUUCCACUGGUGCCCACUGGCAGCAGUGGAAGCAGUGGUGGGGGUGGUGGCAUUCACCACCUGGAAGUGAAGCCGGCCUACCACUGCAGUGAGCACCGGCAUAGCUUCCCUGCUCUCUACUAUGAGGAGGGUGCAGACAGCCUGAGCCAGCGCGUAUCCUUCCUCAAGCCACUGACCCGCUCUAAGCGAGACUCCACCUAUUCGCAGCUCUCCCCCAGACAUUACUACUCAGGGUAUUCCUCUAGCCCUGAGUACUCGUCUGAGAGCACACAUAAGAUCUGGGAGCGCUUCCGGCCCUACAAGAAACACCAUCGUGAGGAGGUAUACAUGGCUGCUGGCCAUGCCCUGCGUAAGAAGGUCCAGUUCGCCAAGGAUGAGGACCUGCAUGACAUCCUUGAUUACUGGAAGGGGGUCUCAGCCCAGCAGAAGCUGUGACCCUCUCCUCCCCCACCGGUGAGGUGGUGGGGAGGAGGGCAGGGGUACUUGGGGGAAGGGCCCCCCAACAGGGUGGCCGGGAGGCGGGGGACAGGCCAAGGAGCCUGGGGCCAAGGGGCCCGGGCCUAGGAGUGGACGCACAUGCACACCCGCACACACGCACCCACACACACACUUGACCACCACCUGACUGUGAAGUAACCAACACCCAAUAAUAACGGACAGGAAAACAAACAUUUUCCUUAAAGUUUACAACCUGCUACUGACACCAGUUGUCUCUACUGUGCUGCCCAAGGGACUUCUUGCUGGGCUGGGGAAAGAGGCCAGAGAGGGUGUGGGGCCUGAGACUCAGGCGGGUUUGGUGGCAAAAGAGAUUUGGGUAGAAGCAAACCAUAGGCCUCUCGUUCAGGGAGGCUAGCCUCCAAGCUAGGGAGCAUUUCCCUUGGAGACGUAGCAACAUGUGAACAUUGGGCAUCCUCUCCUCCCAUUAGGGAUGGCCCAGAGAAAGGAAAAGAAGCCCCAGGGGUCUCUGAGGCUACAGGUUUCAGCUCUGUCUCCCAGCUUCCUGGCCCAGUGCUGGCCCCGCCUCCAGCUGCUCCUCUGGGCUCUGCCCCCUUCAUCUGCUACUCCUUCCAAAGUUGUGGUCUCAGGGGUCUAGGGACUAAAGCAGGCGGGUGCUUUUCUUCUUUAGAAAGUCCAGGGGCAUCUACAAGGUGAAAGGCUAUGGUCCCUAGCCCUGGGUGGCCAAGAGUAAGCAAUGUCCUGCUGACCAGAUGGAAGCAGAGGCAAAGGGUGCCACCAGCCCCCUUCAAGUGUCUUCCAAGUAGCCCUGGGGAGCUGCCUGGGUGUGGGGUGGUGGGUAGACCUGCUCCCCACUGGUAUCUCAGGUGUAGGCCCCCAUGCCACAGCCCCUAGUUUCUCUGGGUCUCCUGGGCUCCUACCCACCACAGAGAGUCAACAGUGAAUGACUAGGCCUGGGGCCAGUGGGGAGAUGAUGUAGAAUGUGGGGAUCCCUCCCUGCACCCUGCACCCCAUUUGCCUGGCUCCUACUGUGUGCAGCAUCUUGGCCUGCUGGGAAGGCAUCUGCCCCACCCCACCCUGUCUUAUCCCUGGGCUAGAGGGGGGGGGCUCCCAUGUUUCCAUGGAAAUGCCCACAGUCCUCUUGCUGACCCACUCCCAACACCAAUCAAAGCACAAACAGUGAGGUGCCUCCUACUGCCCCGUCAGGGAGCAGGCCAGGUUCCUGGCCCCUCCCUUUCCCUAGCUAGUCCGUUGCCACGGCAACCCAGAGCCUGGCAGUUGGUGCCCAGAGGACCAACUGACCGACCGUUGGGCUCUGGACUCCUCUCAGUGUGGGUGGUGGCAGAGGGGGGUAAAGGAGGCCUAGCCAGGUGGCAGCUUUCUCAAGAGCCAAGAGCUUCUGGGGACAAGCUCUAGAGGCUGUUCUGGAGUCUCGAGACGAGGCUAAGGCAUUGCCUUUUGCCUUUGAGUGGGCAGUGGGUCUGUGGGGCAUUGGGACAGCUGUACCGGGCAGUUCUGCCCUCUGCCCGUGUGCCCUUUAGCUUCCCAUUGAGAUAGAAGGAGCCUUCUCAGCUCGAGCCCAACUUCCAGAGACUCCUUCAUUCCUGUUGCUCUUUUGGGCUUCAUGAGAGCAGAGAGUGUGACUGUGGAGUGAGGAGGGUGGUGGGUGAGAGGCAUCUCACUUGACCUGUGAGGGCUCUGACCAGGAAAGUUAGGGCUAUCCUUGUGGGUGGGGUAUAGGGAAGGACCAGGGUGGGGAGACUUGACUGAACACCUCUAUCCCAUCGACUUCGGGGUGGGCUGAGCCCAGGGCUCACUCAGGGGUGACAUUUGCAAAAAAUAAAAAUAAAAAAUAAAUAAAUAAAAAAGACUGUUUUGGGGAGAGGAGGGGACUGGCCAGCCUGGAUGUGAAGAACAGAGCUCCCCUAGCCACAAACCUGCCCCUCACCCUACCCUAUACCCACUACCCUGAGAACAGCAGGCAGGCUGAGAGGCCGGGGGGCGUGAGCAAGCAGACCCCUGUUAUCUUUGCAUGACGAUUUUACUGUAUUUUUCUGAGCAAACAUCUGUCGUGUAUGUGCCAGUUUGUCCAAACUCCCCUCCCCACCCCCAUCCCUCCGUGUGAUCCGAGCAGCUCUUGAAACCCAGGGAGGGCCAGCUCUGCAGAAGACCCAAAACAGGUGCCACCAACCUAGCCCUGCCCCAGACCCUUCUCGCAUCUUUCUGGGCAUUGGGCCCACAAGUGCUGCCUGCCUUCCUCCAUCUUUACAGCCCCUCCUUCCCCAUUCCCAUCUCCGUCCAGUACCACCUCUGCUUGUCUUCCCUCCUCUCCACCAGGGAAAGCAGUCUUAGAAGAGGCUUCUCAAGGCCAUAUUCUUGUGGAAGAGGCUGUGGAAGGAUCCCCACCGGCCUGCUUCCAUCUGGAAAGGAAGCUGGGGCCCCCCAAAAAGGCACCUGGCCAGCCACAUAGGAUGGGGAGGGCUGUCACACUGAGCACAGGAGGCUAAGAGCUUGGAGCUUCAUGGAGAGGCUUUGGGGCCCUUGCAGGAGGGGAGUGGGCCUUGCCAUGUCCAGGGAGACUCCCCACAGUGGAGUGGGCUCUGUCCCUAUUUGUUUUUAGCCAUCACUCUUGGUUGAAGGUAACUUAUAAACCUCAGAUGCCACUUCAGGGAGAUUUUAAAGAGAGGGUCCAUCUCAACAAUGGGGACCAGGCCAUGGGGACCUUUGAGACAGAGCAAGGAUCCAAGACUUAGAUACCUUCGUUGGGCAGGCCACCCAGUUGACCUGGCCCAUCCUGUAGGGUAGGCCCUAGGAGUUUCCUUCUUGGAUGUCCUUUGUGCUAUCUAAAAUGGCUCGUCCCUGGGCAGAAGUACAAUUGUCACAAAAUGACAAAUGGAUUCUUACACCCUGGAGCCAAGUGAGGCCCCUGGCAUUAUGAGUUCUGGGCUGAGACUUGGGGCAGGCGAUUAGGGGCACGGGGCAGGCAAUUAGGGGCACAGGGAGAAGAGGAACCCAGGGGAGUCAUCUGGGAGGCAUGCGGGUAGGAGGUCCUAACUGGGCUUCCCUGUCCUGGUAGAGGGCAGCCUGCCAGGCCUCUUUGUGGGACCGUGUGGCCUUCCCAAAAUAAGCUUAGGUCAGAAGGAAAAAUGCUUGUUUAGUCUUAGCAGGUUCAGGGAGCCUGGACCAGGUUCUCGAGUCUGUGGAAAGGUCCCCUGUCACCAAUGGCCCUUCAAUUCUGAGACACUCCCUCUUGAGUACAGAGCAGGGAGCUCUGGAACAAACAGAUGCAGGGCUGGAGGACUUACGUAGUGAGGUGGCCUGGGAGAGCCCACUUAGGAGAACCUGGAUAGUGCAGGGAGGGGAGGUAGCUAUUGAUGGUGCUGAUGUCUGGGGCUGGCCCAUGGCCCACCUCCAUGUUCCCGACUAGAAACUGCAUUUGCUCACAAUCCAGGAAAUGUAAGGAGUUGAAGUUGGGCAGAAGUACAGAGGAAGGGAAACCUCUAGACAGGUCUGAGGGGUAGGGGAGGAGGUAAGGGUGGAGGACAGACAGGGACAGAGAUGACAGCCCUCCUGUCCUUCCAGUUCAUGAGGGGCUGAAAUUGCAGGGAAGCAGAUGGGGGCUUCCUUGCCAUGAUGGGGCGUAGGGGACCAGGUAGUCUCUUGUGUCUCCAAGAAGACAGGCAUCAGAGCUCUGCACGGCAAGAACCAUCGCUGUGAAAAUGAGCUAGGAGGGAGAGGUGUGGGACCUGCCAGCCACCCUAUCACUCUGCCCCAGCAGGUCCCAACAUAGCUGGGGGCCUCUUCUCCAGGGUGAGGGUGAGUGGGAAAAGGUAUAAGGGUAUGGGGUGCCUAGCUACCCGUAGGGUGACCUCACCCCCUUAAUGUUUGUCCCUCUUGACAAGGCUUUCUCUCUGGGACUCCCCUCUGCCCCAAGACGAGGGGACCUUCCCCCAGGCCCCAUGCUCAUAUCACGUGACCUACACCCACCUCUAAGAAUCAGUCUCUUCCCCCCCCCCAGCCUCAGUGCCCCCUCCCCAGAUGCCAGCUGCCCCUGCUGAGUAGCAGGGAGACUAAAGAUGUCCAGAGGGAUGGUCUCCUUUUCCUCCCCUCCUCUUCUGCCAGUCAAGCACAGGGACUGGGGCGGAGGUCCAAGCGAUGAUGGCCACCUCUCCUUCCUGCUUCCCACAUCCCUUCCCCUGCACCCUCCUCAGGAGCUACCAGCCCCCAGGGGCAUGGUAGCCUGGCACCUGGUUUGAGCCCUGCAGAGCUGGGCUCGGGGCCCUGGACUCUGAACCUGUGACCCCUUGCUGUGUACGGAACAUGCCCCCUCCUGGGGGGCCUUGGGCCCUCUCCUUUUCUUCUUUUAGGGGGUAACUUCAUUUAUUUCUCCUCCCUCCAUUCGCCUCUCCCUUCAAUUUUCCUGUUUUAAACCGAAUGGCACGAAAUCGUUUUCCUCACCUUGGAGAUUCCUGUAUGGAGAGAACCAAUUUCUAUAUUUGCAAUAAAUUUCUUAUUUAAAACAA